GGAAGGACAAAAAUAAAAAAAUGAUACAACAUUAUGGAGUUUUCUGCCACAGUGAUCUUGGCAGGGCUAAUCUUAGCUCUGCUGUGGCUGUUUAGUGUAAAAAGAAGGAAGUAUCGCCUGCCUCCAGGACCUGCUCCACUUCCUCUUCUAGGAAACCUGCCACAAAUAGACAAAAAUGUACCUUUUAAAAGCAUACUUAAGUUCAGUGAAACCUAUGGUCCUGUGAUGACACUGUACAUGGGCUGGCAGCGGACAGUGGUUCUGGUGGGGUAUGAUGCUGUGAAAGAAGCCUUGGUGGAUCAGGCAGAUGACUUCACAGGCAGAAUGCCCAUACCAUUUCUGUUCAAAGCUACCAAGGGCUAUGGUUUAGUAAUCAGUAAUGGGAAGCGCUGGCGCCAGCUGCGACGCUUCACACUCACAACCCUGAGAGACUUUGGGAUGGGACGCAAGGGGAUGGAAGAAUGGAUCCAAGAAGUCAGCGAACACUUGAGGGUUCACAUACGUACAUUUAAAGGUAAACCAUUUGACCCCCAAUUUUUGUUAAGCAGCACUGUUUCUAAUGUGAUCUGCUGCCUGGUUUUUGGGGAACGCUUCAGUUUUGAAGACAAGCAGUUCCUGCACCUUCUGACCAUCAUAACUAAGAUCACAAGGUUCAACAGUACUCCUCUUGGUCAGAUGUACAACAUCUUUCCCCGGCUCAUGGAGCAUCUUCCUGGCUACCACCAAACUAUUUUUGGGCAUGCAGAGGAGGCCAGAGAUUUUAUCGAGAGGAAAAUCCAAGAGCACAAACAGACACUGGACCCCAGCUCCCCCAGAGACUACAUUGACUGCUUCCUCAUCAGAAUUAAUCAGGAAAAGGACAAUCCCUCAAGUGAGUUCAAUUAUGACAACUUGGUUUCUACUGUACUGAAUCUGUUUGUUGCUGGAACAGAGACCACCAGCUCCACCCUGAGAUAUGCUCUCAGUGUGCUGAUUAAAUACCCCAAAAUACAGGAGAAAAUGCAGCAAGAGAUUGACACUGUAAUUGGAAAAGAUCGUUGUCCCAGGAUGCACGACAGGAAGUCCCUCCCAUUUUCAGAUGCUGUCAUCCAUGAGGUCCAACGUUUUCUUGACAUUGUGCCCUUCAGCAUACCUCACUAUGCACUGAAUGACAUAUCCUUCAGGGGUUAUACAAUCCCAAAGGACACUGUAAUUAUUCCUUUCUUGCACUCUGUGCUGAAAGAGGAAAAGCAAUGGGCCACUCCCAGGUUCUUCAAUCCCCAGCACUUCCUGGACCAUAAUGGCAACUUCAAGAAAAAUCCUGCAUUCAUGUCAUUCUCUGCAGGGAAGAGAGCGUGUGUUGGCGAGUCUCUUGCUCGUAUGGAGCUUUUUAUCUUCGUAGUCUCACUGCUGCAGGAUUUCACCUUUUCCUGUGAAGGAGGCCCUGACAGUGUAGACCUCGAUCCAGAGUACAGCAGCUUUGCCAAUUUACCUCGAAGUCAUCAAAUCAUAGCUACAGCACGUUAAAAUGAGAGCCACUCAGUCUGUCAUCAUUUGCAGCACUAUCACUGACAUGGAUCUCUACAACAUGCUGCAUUGCGUUAAUGUGGUGCAGUAACAUUAAAUGCACAAUUAAAAGUAGAGUUAAAUGAAUGUGCAAUAAAUUUUUGCUGUUAUGUCUGUGAUAUAGAAAAAAGACAUGAAAUAAUAAUAAUAUAAGUGAGAUGUGAGGUUUUAGCUGGGAAGGCAUGAUUUCAAAUAAUGUGCUGAAUCUAAGUUCUAAGAGUUUCUGUAGUGUUUUAAACUAAAUAGUGAAUUUACUGACAAAUUGUUGUUGUUGUUGUUUGGUUUUUUUUGUUUCUUUCAUUUUUUUUUUUGUCAAAACACAAACACAGAAACACGAUAAAGUUACUCAUAGGUUUUAUAUAAUAAUUUCAACAAGUCUUUCAGAGUUGAUGAUAAAGAAUAUCCACGCCCUGAGUCAUUCCUGUGAAUCAUUAACGUGCAAUCUUGGUGAAGAGGACGGAGCUGUUUUACAUGUUUUGAUUAUAGAAAUCAGGUCAAAUGUUGUAAUAGCUGUUUGGCAAUGAAAUGAGAAAUAGGUGUACUAAGGUGAACAGGAAGAUCACAUGGCUCACCUGUGCUCUAAUGCGGUGCUCCUGCCAACUCUCUGUCAAACAUAAACUAACUAGCAAUGAGUAUAAACAAACAAGUAACAGAAUACAAAGGUUAUCUAAUAGAUGACAGUUGGAAUUUUGCUGUAUUGCAUAGCUCAUGUAUGAAACCUGCUUUGCCUGUACUCUUUAUUCCUUAUGUAUAUCUGGAUGCAGUGGAUUCAAAAUAAAGAUACUACAUAACCUGCAAAA